AUGUUCGACAUUUUCAUAACAUGCCUCCAAGUAACGAUAGCUGGCUGGAGGCUUCAAGACGUCAAAGCCAAUAUCGGCACCUUACUUCGAUAUGCGACAACUUACGACUAUGUAGUGCUUUCCAUCUCAGCCAUGGCUGCUAUCGCAGGCAGCGCAGCGCUCCCGGUAAUGUCCAUUGCAUUUGGAAGGUUGGCAGGAGUUCUCAAUGAAGCGUACAGCGGUGUCUUGGAUCAACAUGACCUGAAUGACAAAACUGUGAAUACUGUUCUGUAUUUGAUAUACCUGGCCAUCGGUGAAUUCUUCACUGUAGCUCUGUCAACGGCCGGUUUCAUGCAUUUCGGCGAGCGAAUUAGCUGCGGCAUGCGGGAGCAAUUCGUGAAGGCUUGUUUGAGACAAAACAUCGGCUUCUACGAUACGAUCCAAACCGGGGAGUUGACGACCCGCAUUACGGCCGAUACGAAUUUACUGCAAGAUGGCAUCUCAGAAAAGCUGGGUCUCGCAUUUGCUGCGCUAGCAACCUUUGUGAGCGCCCUGGUGGUUUGCUUUGCAAAUAACUGGAAGUUGACACUUAUGCUCUGCUCCAUGGCUGUUAGUAUUAUCAUGACGAUGGCAAUCGGUUCUCAUUUAGUCACCAAAUGGGGGACAGAGUCGUACGGCUUGUACGCCGAAGGAGACAGCCUUGCAAACGAAGUCCUUGGUUCUGUGAGAAUCGCCAUGGCCUUCGGGAGCCAGGAGAAGCUAGCUCAACUUCACGAUGGACGUCUAGCCAAGGCCGAGAAGCCUGGAUUUCGCAUUUAA